CCUUAAAUGAGAAUACUUAUAUACAGUAGUCCUUGGAGUUCCCUCCAGCAUAUCCACGCAUCGUGCUUUUACUUCAACUACCAGCUUCCAUUCGAGGUUCAGGACAGACUCCGGAUUUUCCUUAUAGACUGAACGAGGAGCACCAGCUGCAUCUUUUUACAUUACCUCUGAAACCAACUGAAGUAAGAAUGAAGGUUCCCAUCAUAACAUUUUGCCUGAUUGGAACAGUUUUUUCCAACCCGAUUUUACACACUGUCGUUUCAGUAUCAAGCGAGGUUGCAUCAAACUCAACUGAAAGUGUGUCUGUUUCACAAUCGUCUGAAAAUGACACCUCAGAGCUUCAGAGCCCCGAGGAAAACACCUCAAAUCAGAGCUCAGAGUCAGAAUCAUUAGAAUCCACAGAGAACACAUCGGAGGACACAUCAGAGGACACUUCAGAGGACACAUCAGAGGACACAUCAGAGGACACGACUUCAGAAGAGAGUGACAGUCAGUCAGAUGAGAUGGACUCCAUGCCCGAGACCAAAGAUGAUAGCAUGGGCAGUGAAGAGAAUGUCAGAAAGAGCUGGGUACGAGUGUUUACAAAUACAGCGAAAGCCCUUAGUGCAGAGGACAGCAAUGAGCUGUCCAACACAAACCUGCUGGUCAACCCCACAGACAGCAGUGACAGCAUAGAAACCACAACUGCCACCAGUGACAGCAAUGACAGCAAUGACAGUUCCAGCAGCGAGAGCAGUGAGAGCAACGAGAGCAAUGAGACCAAAGACAGCAGCGACAGCAGUGAUGCCAGCAUGAGUACAGAGGACAGCAAUGCCAGGGACAGCACCGAGCUGAAACAAGUGAAAGCCAGGGACUGUGUGAACGGCACUCAGAGCUGCGAAAGUGAGGAACGUUUCUUCCAGAGUGUAGGAGAUGAUGCUCAUUUCUCGGUGGAUAAUCUGAUGGUGCCAGAUGAGGAUGACAGGGAGUUAAUGCUGCGAAGAUGAUGACAUGCUCUUGUGCAGCCUCUCAUUUCCCUUUAUGAACUUUAACACUAUGACUAGCCUGAACACUUCAGGAUGAUAGAUUUUGUUAUAUAGAUUGCUUUAUGUUUAAAAUGACAUAAUGCUACAUGCAGCUGAUUUUUGUGUGAAAAUUGUCGAGGUGAUAUUAUCCUAAGUGUUUACUUUGUUUUUAUAAUAAUAAAUAAAUAAUAUAAUCAUGGA